CUUGUGAAGUGUUGAGGGUUGUUUCUGUCAGUGCUGCUUCUAAAGUGGCACCGAGUGAACCGGAUGUUGUCUGAAUGUCAAAGAUGGCGCUGGGCAUGUCACGUUCAUGAGGUGAACACAGCUGAGGAGGAGAUGGCUCUGACCGAAUUAAAUCGCAGUGUGCGACAGCUGUUGGGUCAAAUUCAACGGUGUCGUCCGGUUGUAGCUACAAACCAGACAACUCGGUGUCUGAGUCAGGUAGCCUCUCAGCCUGAGCCCAGCGCGGACGAAAAUGAAGCCGUGAACCCAACCUUUAUGAACAGAAACCCCCGGAACCUGGAGCAGAUGGCUCUGGCUGUGAAGGACCGGGGCUGGAAGACGACCUGGCCCCACAGAGAGUUUUACCACAGGUUGGUAUUUUCUCGCACCCAGCAUCAUGUGACGGCACAAGUGUUCUCCAGCAGCUCUCCUUUCCCCGUGUUGACCUGCUCAACCACUGAGUGGGCGCUGAGGAAGGAGCUGGCUUCCACGAGGUGCGUGGCAGCGUGUCAGGCCGUUGGCGAGGUGCUGGCACGUCGAUGCCAACAAGCCGGCAUCACCAGGAUGGUGUACAGGGCCAUUCCCUGGACAUUCCGCUCUGAUGCUGUUCAGUCUUUCAGGACAGCAAUGAAAGAAGGAGGAAUCACCCUCAGUGAACCCAGAAGGAAGUACGUCGGGACCUAAAUUUAGGUGUCACAUCUGUUGUUUUGUAAAAAAUGUCGUCUAUAACCCUGACCAUAUCUGCUCUGUUGUGAAUUAUGACUGUUCUAAUCUGAAGAUGACUAGCACUAUGACAACAAGUGAAUCACAACACAAACAGAAUCAAAAUGAGCGCUGAAAGUAAAGUUUGAUGUCCCUGUGCUUCGUCUCUUGCCGAUAAAGUUUCUGAACAUGA